CGCAUGCGUCUGAACCCGGAAGUAAAUCUGUCUUUCUAAACUCGGAUCCAAAACACGUGUGGAGAUGUCUGUUGCAACAAGAUACAGGGUUUUGACAUGUUUCCGAAAACUACAUAAAACAAAGUAUGCAGUGUUUCAGGAUGAUGAUUUUGCAAUAAAAGAGACACGAAAGAGAAUUAAUGAAGAAUUCAAAAAGGGAAAAAAUGAAACUGAUCCUGAAAAAAUUGAAGAGCUGAUUAAAGUUGCUGAGGAUGUUGACUUGUUACUAAGAAAAACUGUCAUACAAGCCAGGCUGGUCGGGGAGGACAGAUACCGAUUGCGGAUUACAAAAGACACACAUCUUGAGGACAAUUAUCCUUUUGAUCCAAAUGCAGUUCUUCCUGAACCAUUAUCAAAAAGAAGAGGGAAGAAGGGUCAGAAGACUUGUGCAGAAGUUCAACAGGAACUUGAUCAACAAGAACUUGAUCAAAAACCACCAUCUUGAUACUGUGUCUGAAUAACUUUUAUCAUGUGAAAUAAAUCUAAAUUAUGUGUUAAAAAGUAAUGCAAUUUGAUAUAUAUUUAUUAAUGACUGUUUUACAGAAUAUGUUGAUGGUGUAAAUUGCAAAUAGAGGAUUUUUUCAAGAGAGUUUGAAUUGUGGAAAAAUGUUUGGAUAUUGCGCUUGGACUGUACCAAAUUCAUUGUGCCAUAGAAGUAUGUAAUUACUGCUGACGGCGACUCCAUAUCCACACAAAGAUGUAAAUAUUAUAUCUGCGAUUUGUGACGAGGUCAAAACAUCCAUUUAUAAAUGUACCUUGAUCAUCUUGUUUUGUUUGAAGAUCAAUUUCAUUGUUUAUCAUUGAAUUGUAAAAUCAAGACAUACACAUUAGAUCCGCUCACUUUCCAUAAACAAUCUCAUCAUACAAUGUGUAUUGUUUUAUAAAUUCUGCAUUAUUACCGACUAAAUUCUUUGAAAACUAAAGAAAUCAGCUGGAAUUUCCUUGUUAAUUGACAAAUGUGUGAAUAUGUAAAUCAUAACCUGUAUACAACACUUUGUACAUCAUUUCAACCUCAUGUCAUUAGUUUUCAAGAAUAAAAUUGUUGUCAUUGUU